UUGAGCCAGAGUUGGCCAUUCUUUGAGUCUCCGGCACUUCGCUCGGCAUAACUCUAAGCCAGCCAAUUUUUUUCUUCUACUGUGUCUUAAUGACAAGUCAAACUUCCAACAUUUCCUCCGUUUUUCAGAUCCUGUGUUUUUUUGUUCAUCGUACAUUAAACAGAGGAAUCUCCCUUCAGAAAACAGAGCAGAAAAAUGAAGUCAGAGACUUUAACGUUGAUUCUAGUGAAUCUCGCUGCCAUAAUGGAGAGAGCCGAUGAGUCAUUGUUGCCGGGAGUGUACAAAGAAGUUGGUGCCGCUUUACAUAUAGAUCCCAGUGGCUUGGGCUCACUCACUCUAUUUCGAUCGAUUGUGCAGUCUCUUUGUUACCCUUUGGCUGCUUUCUUAGCUUCAAGACAUAACCGAGCACAUGUUCUUUCUCUUGGGGCUUUCCUCUGGGCUGCAGCUACCUUUCUAGUUGCCAUUUCAAAUACUUUCUUUCAGGUGGCAGUGUCAAGAGGCUUAAAUGGAAUUGGACUUGCCAUUGUCAUACCUGCCAUUCGUUCCCUUGUUGCCGAUUCAACGGAUGAGAGCAAUCGCGGCAUUGCUUUUGGAUGGCUGCAACUAACUGGAUACAUUGGCUCCAUCAUUGGUGGAAUGUUUUCAGUACUAAUAGCUUCAACAUCAUUCAUGGGUAUACCCGGUUGGAGAAUUGCAUUCCAUGUGGUUGCUCUAGUAAGUGUGCUAGUUGGUAUUCUGGUUCAUGUGUUCGCUAAUGAUCCUCGCGAAUUUGAAGCCGAUAGCAAUGCCAAAGAUCGAAAAGGACAUAAGUCUUUCGCAUCAGAUAUGAAGAACCUAACCAAAGAGGCAAAGAUGGUUAUUAAAAUCCCAUCUUUCCAAAUCAUUGUGGCUCAAGGUAUAUCUGGAACAAUUCCAGGCUCAGCUUUAUCAUUUGCUGCAAUGUGGUUAGAGCUCAUUGGUUUCUCCCACAAACUAACUGCAUUCAUCACGACUUUAUUUGUAAUUGGUUGUUCUCUUGGGGGUCUGUUUGGAGGAAAGAUGGGUGAUAUUUUUGCCAAACGAUUUCCGAAUUCUGGGAGGAUAGUUCUGUCACAGAUUAGUUCUGGCUCAGCCAUUCCCAUAGCAGCAAUUUUACUUUUGGCUUUGCCAGAUGAUCCAUCCUCAGCAUUCGUGCAUGGUCUGGUCUUCUUCAUCAUGGGAUUUUUCAUAUCCUGGAAUGCUCCUGCAACAAACAAUCCAAUAUUUGCAGAGAUAGUUCCUGAGAGAUCGCGAACAACUAUCUUUGCGUUGGAUUCAACAUUUGAGGACAUACUAUCAAAUUUUGCUCCUUUUGUGGUUGGGAUUUUGGCUCAGCAUGUUUAUGGUUAUAAACCAAUUCCUGAGGGAGCUUCAGAUUCAGAAGAGAUUGAAACAGACAGGGAGAAUGCUAAAUCUCUUGCCAAGGCACUCUAUACAGCAGUUGGCAUUCCAAUGACAAUUUGUUGCUUCAUCUACUCCUUUCUUUAUUGCACAUACCCUGGAGACCGAGAUCGCGCAAGGAUGGAUGCCUUAAUAGAAUCAGAAAUGCCACACUUGGAAACUGAUUAUGAUUCUCAAUCAACUCAUGUUUCAGAAUCGCAAAUGAUUAAUAAAAAGAAACAAAGAAGAACCAACAUCAAGCUUGAAGGAAAGGAGAGCACUGAUUUUGAUGACAAUGAUGAGAAUUCACUUCUUUCCAAUCAUAUCUAGCAUAGCUGGACUAUCUGAAUGAACCUACAUAACCGAUGGGAAGAUUUCGCAACAUGAUAUUGUUUAACUUCAUUUCUGGUUUAGUUGGACCCAAGCUGUAUAUACAUACCAGGCAUACGAGGAGGUUGCUUGUUUGUUGUAUUUUUCAUCUAGCCAUGAAUUUACCUAAUCAUACAAUUUGUACCCAAGUAUCAGUUGUGCAGAUUUGUUUUCCAGAUUUUGGAUGGUUUCUACCGAUAACUUUAUUACAUAAAUUUUUGCCUUUUUGCA